GAUUUCUGGUACUUAUAAAACAACAACAGACUCAGGACAGUCUCAGUCAAGGAGUAACAAGUGUUUCACCGAGAUUGAAAAAACCCGUGAUCAAGGGACAAAUCCUAGAAGAAGCAUGGAUCGAUGGAUCGGGAAAGUCGCCGUUGUAACCGGCGCGAGUUCAGGAAUCGGCGCCGCGGUGACCGAAGCCCUUGUCAGGAAGGGUCUCUUGGUCGUAGGUAUCGCCAGGCGGGUAGAGAGACUGGAAAAGUUAUCAGCGAGUCUUGACGGAGCCAAAGGGAAGUUUUAUCCUCGAAAAUGUGACGUCGGCAAGGAAUCGGAUCUACUCAGCGCAUUCGAGUGGGUGAAGACCGAAUUGGGGGGCAUCGACAUUCUCGUUAAUAACGCCGGCGUGGUCAAGCACUGCAAAGUGAUGGAUGACAACAUCGACUCCUACCGCAACAUGGUCAACGUUAAUUUUAUGGCAACGGUGAUCGGCAUGCAUAAAGCUGUGGCUUCGAUGCAGCACCGAAAAGUCUCGGGUCAUAUCGUCAACGUAAACAGUGUUCUUGGACAUUCGAUUGCCGACCUGCCGAUGCCAGUCAGCGUCUACCCAUCCACUAAAUAUGCCAUUACGGCAUUGUCGGAAGUAACACGCAAGGAACUGGCAGCUGAUAACGUCAGGAUAAAAGUAACGAGCGUCAGUCCAGGCUUCGUCUCGACAGAAAUAUUCGAAACUGGAGGCUUAUCUGAGACCGAAAAAUUGUUUCAACGUACUCCGCAUCUGCAGCCGAAAGACGUUGCCGACGCAAUCGUUUACGUUUUGGGUACACCGGAAAAUGUUCAGAUUUCCGAGCUAACAAUCCGGCCCAUUUGCUACAUGGAUCGGUGGGUCGGAAAAAUUGCUCUGGUCACGGGGGCCAGCGUCGGUAUCGGUGCUGCUACGGUCGAGGCGCUUGUCCGAGAGGGUCUCAAGGUCGUAGGAAUAGCCAGGCGAGUCGAGAAUAUCGAGAAACUCCGCGAAGAGCUUAAAGACGAGAAAGGGGAACUGUACGCGAAAAAGUGCGACGUCUCGAAGGAGGAGGAAAUCCUCGCGGUUUUCGAAUGGAUCGAGGAAAACCUCGGCGGCGUCGACGUCCUCGUUAACAACGCCGGGGUGAUACACGCGGCAAGUCUGACCGACGGAGACACCGAAGGGUUUCGCCGUUUACUGGACGUCAACGUCUUGGCAGUCGCUCUGUGCACCAGGGAAGCUGUACGACAGAUGAAAGCGCGCCAUGUCGACGGUCACAUCUUCAACAUAAACAGUAUAUUGGGUCAUUACAUUUUCAAUCCGUUCGAUAUCUACAGUUUGUAUCCAAGCAGCAAGUUCGCGGUGACCGCGAUGACCGAGGUGGUCAGAAAGGAACUCAUCACAGCGAACACGAAGAUCAAAAUAACGAGUAUCAGUCCAGGAUUAGUCGGGACAGAAAUAUUUAGUGCUUAUGAAGGGAAACCGGAUGCAGAUCUGAUGAAACUACAAGUAAUGCCUAGACUGAACUCGGAGGACGUAGCCAACGCUAUCCUCUAUGCACUCGGCACUCCACCGCACGUUCAAGUAUGUGAGCUGAUAUUACGUCCAGUUGGAGAAGUGUUGUAGGAUCUGUGGCCCGAGACGUGAACUAUAUAUACUUACAACGAUUGGCGUCAUGAGUCUAUUGGUACUACGAUAACGUAAUCAGCGCUGCUACAUCUUUUAUGCAACCAUCUCCGUUGAUACUUUGACUAUAAGAAUAGUGAUAAAAAAUCACGAUUCUUUUAUUAAGAAAGGAAGUGUUUUCUUUGAUGAAGAAAGUGAAUCGAAUCAUGUGUGUGUUUCCCUUUUUGGUUCCACGGUGUCCCCGAGUCGGAGACGUACAGGCUUAAUCGGAGCGUCAGCGUUUGGCUAGACAGUCACUAGACCGGAUCAGCCCGCUUGCGAUAAUAAUCUACUACUGUACAGAUUUUAAUGUACCUUGAAUUUCGAAUUAAUUAGUGCUGAUAAAAAACACCUGCGGCCAUCGCAAAAUAUAAUACCAUCGCUAAGCUCAUCCAUGGGCGCUCAAAGAAAGUCACCUAUGGUAUAUAAUAUCGUCGAGCCGAAGCUGUAACGUAAAAUAAAAGCUAAUCGUACCCGUUCGUCGUUAGGAGCCGUAAAAAAAAAGUAAAUAAAUCCCCUUAUACGUUGGGAAUACGUUCAGUUAUUCUGAUACAUUUCAAUUAAUUCGAAAAACAUCUGAGGCUGUAAGCUAUCAACAUAUACGUAUGUUGUUAUCAUGCCUAAAAAUCGUUGCGUUAUUCGCAAAUUCAAGUUAUUUUGGUAUCGUUUGUUUAACUUUUAAAUUAUACACAUUUGCGUGUUUUGAUUUAGUCUUUUAAUAGUUCCUUGUUCAUAAAAAUUGCAAAUUCACGUCUUUCGUACAGUGAAAAUUUUGUACGUGAUCCAAGCUUCAAUCAAUAACUCUGUAUCCAGUGAUUAUUUCCUUUCAAUAUUACUGAAGAAUUAUUAUUAUAAAAAAUUUAAAAUCUCAUUCA